UUUUGGCGGAGCUAGGGCUGCAGUGCCGCCAUUGGCGGGUGGCGGCGCUGUGGGUAGGGCGCGAGGCGGGCGCGAGGCGGCGCCGGCCUUGGCUUCUCGGCGCCGAGCGCGCGCGGCUUCCCAAGGCGCCGGGAGCAUGCGCAGUGGUUGUUCUCCUCCUCCUUCUCCUCAGCGGCGAGCUCCUCCUCCGGCCCUGGCUGCAGCCCGUGGAGCGGCGAGGCGAGCGAAGGAGUCAGGCGGAGGCGAGGUCGAGCCCAAGGCGCUCUCGGAGCGGCCCCGCGCUCCCUCCAGGAUGGCCGACAGCGCCAGCGAGAGCGACACGGACGGCGGGGGCGGCGUGGGGGCUCCGGGCGGGGCGGCGCCGCCGGGCUGCCCGUCCUCCUCGCCGUCCUCCUCCUCCUCUUCCUCGGCGGCGACCUCGUCCUCGGCGGGCCAACCCAAGGCGGGCGGCAUCGUGAUCUCUCCCUUUCGCCUGGAGGAGCUGACCAACCGGCUGGCCUCCUUGCAGCAGGAGAACAAGGUGCUCAAGAUCGAGCUGGAGACCUACAAGCUCAAGUGCAAGGCGCUCCAGGAGGAGAACCGCGACCUCCGCAAGGCCAGCGUCACCAUCCAAGCGAGGGCAGAGCAAGAAGAAGAAUUUAUCAGCAAUACUUUGUUUAAGAAGAUCCAAGCAUUGCAGAAGGAGAAGGAGACACUUGCAGUGAACUAUGAAAAGGAGGAAGAAUUUCUCACCAAUGAACUUUCCAGGAAGCUGAUGCAGCUUCAGCAUGAGAAAGCUGAACUUGAACAACAUUUAGAACAAGAACAGGAAUUCCAAGUGAACAAAUUGAUGAAGAAGAUUAAAAAACUGGAAAAUGAUACCAUUUCAAAGCAACUCACCUUGGAGCAGCUAAGACGUGAGAAAAUUGAUCUUGAAAAUACACUAGAACAAGAACAGGAAGCACUAGUGAAUCGUCUCUGGAAGAGAAUGGAUAAACUUGAAGCAGAAAAACGAAUUUUGCAGGAGAAAUUAGACCAGCCUGUGUCAGCUCCUCCAUCGCCAAGGGACAUAUCAAUGGAGAUAGACUCUCCAGAGAAUAUGAUGCGGCAUAUCAGGUUCCUAAAGAAUGAAGUCGAGAGGUUAAAGAAACAACUUAGAGCGGCACAAUUACAGCAUUCAGAGAAGAUGGCACAGUACUUAGAAGAAGAACGUCACAUGAGAGAAGAAAAUUUGAGGCUCCAAAGAAAACUGCAGAGGGAAAUGGAGAGGAGGGAAGCCUUGUGCAGACAGCUCUCAGAAAGUGAAUCCAGUUUGGAAAUGGACGAUGAGAGAUAUUUUAAUGAGAUGUCCGCACAAGGAUUAAGACCUCGCACUGUGUCCAGUCCAAUUCCAUAUACACCUUCACCAAGUUCUAGCAGACCUAUAUCACCUGGUCUCUCAUAUGCAAGUCACACAGUUGGUUUUACUCCCCCAACUUCACUCACCAGAGCCGGCGUGUCUUAUUAUAACUCCCCAGGCCUUCAUGUGCAGCAUAUGGGACCAUCCCAUGGUAUUACACGGCCUUCGCCCCGAAGAAGCAACAGCCCUGACAAAUUCAAACGCCCCACUCCUCCGCCUUCUCCAAACACGCAGACCCCCCUGCAGCCGGCUCCGCUGCCUCCGCCGCCACCAGUGCAGCCUCCGGGCCAGUCGCCGGCCUCCCAGUCAGCCACUUUCCCACAUUCGGUGCAUCCUUCCUCUCAGCCUUAGUGCAUGUGCUCAACAAACCUGUAUUCAGAGUUGGACUCAUAACACAGAGCAGUUUACUACAAGCCAAAGGCUUACAAUGGUAUAUUUGGAUUUGACUUAUUUGCACUGAAGUUACUGAGGCUUCACUGUUUAAUUGUGUUGUAUAAGUUUGUCCAAGGGCC